UCUAGUUAUCCUGAUAGAGAGCACGAGCACAACUGUUACAAGUUAUUCAUACUGGAACCCAGAUAUGAGUAUCAGGUGAGCGGGAGGAGAUCUGAGAGUGAGCUGACAACCCUGGACUGCCUUCCUGCUCUGAAUGCUGCUACUCAGCAGAUAUCUUUGUUGAAAUUCAACCGGCAUUAAGCCUUGUUUCAUCAGCGCUGGCACAACCGGUACUUAUAAUAACUCUGUGUCCUGGGGCAAGGGCACUUCCACCAUGAGAGACCGAUUAGAAGAGCUGCAGCACACGGCUCAAGACUUUUCUGAGGCUGCAAAUGACCACGCCAAUCCUUUCUCAGGGGAGGGUGACGAUGAUGACGACUCUGUGGUUGUCAGGAGCUUCGCGCCCCAGGCCGUCGUUUUCGAGGAGGAGCCGAUCAUUGAGAAUUUCCUGUCUGAGGCUCAGCAGAUCCGAGAUGACAUAUCAGCACUUGAUACGGAGGUGCAAAAGUUCACUCAGCAGCAAAAGACUCUGGUGGCAACUAUGCGUCGAUUCAGUGUGAUGAAGAAAGAGAGCAGCAUAACCCGAGACAUCAAGCUCCAGGCUGAAAGUCUCCACCGUCGAUUAGAUGCUCUUUCAAAACAAGUCCAAAGAACUGAGGAGCAGCAGGGACCUGCUGCUGUUACAACAAGAAUACAACGCUCACAAAAUGCCGCUCUGUACUCCAGAUUCCAACAGGUGAUGUGCCAGUAUAAUGAGGGUCUGCUGACCAAGCAAGAACGCUGUAAGUACUUCAUUAUCCGGCAGCUGGACAUCUCGGGAAGGAAUGUCACAGAGGAGGAGGUGGAUGAGAUGUUCACCACGGGAAAAUGGGACGUCUUCAACGAGAACCUCCUAAAUGAUGCCAAAAUUACCCGGUCACAGUUAUCUGAGAUCGAACUGCGACAUAAGGAGUUGCUAAGCCUGGAGAACAAUAUGAAGGAGCUGCGGGACCUUUUUAUGGACAUCUACGUGCUCGUGGAGGAACAAGGGGCCUACAUUGAUCAUAUCCAAACCAAUGUGGAGAGGACACAGGACUAUGUGGCUGUAACUAAUGAGAAGUUUCAAAAGGCUGCCAGGUAUAAGAAGAAGAACCCAGUAAGACAGCUGUGCUGUUGCUGCUGCCCUCCCUGGAGAUGCUGCUUGUGAAACAGAAAAGCUUUGCCUCAGUGUUUAUUGCAAAUAAACUUCCCUUUCGGAACUAAGCAACACUGGUAACAUUAAAGUGAAGUUGAAGGAACAGCAGUUGUUGCUGUUGAGCAGAGCGAUGCUGAGGAGAGACUCAGCAGAGCACUGAAGACAGUUUGAAGGAAGUGCAAGAAUUGGUAUGGGAGGCACCGGUUUCUCUCCGAGAGGAUGUGAAGGAACUGCUAUUGGAAAAGACAGUUCACUGAGUUCUACUAACCAACACAGUUGCUUACUGGAGACUUUCACUGUCGUCUGACAGAGGUCACAAACAAGCAGAGGCCACUGACACUGCUGGAUCAGCAAGACUGAUACUUCAUCUUUUUUUUUCUGAGAAAGCUUCUCAUCUUUCCCUCCCCUCCAGCUUUUUAAACCACGGGAGCUGCUAUUAAUGAACAGAAUUUUUCCAGAGUACAAGCACUUUAAGAUUUGGUCAUUUUGUUUUGACGAACACCAUAGACGUAGAUGUAUUCUCACUGAGACAUAAAGCUGUUCUGUAUUAAUUUCAUUUGUGGUCCACAUGCCGAAAAAAAAAAACUAAAAACGUGUUUAACAAUUAAUUAUUAGUCCCCUUUGCAUUUCAAAGCCUAAUCAUUUUUGAUACUUUUUUUUAUUAUUAAUUUAUACACUCCCACAGAGGGAGGGAUUCAAAUAAAUGUAACUGAAUAAUGAGGCUUGAUUAAAACAUUUCUGUCAUGACAUAACUGCAGGAAACCCUAUGAAUUCUUUUUAUUCUUUUUUUUUUAAAGCACUUUUACUUUCCAGAACAAAAUUCUCUAUGUGUUUUGAAGCCCAACACUGAUUCAUAAUCCUUUCGGUGCCUCAUUGUUUAGAAGAGACAUGAGACAUCAACAUUCAUCAUUGUUAUGUAUGUGUCUGCUCACAGGAAGUGCCAAAAUUUAGACCGAACCCUGAGAACUUGGUGUUUGGCUUCACAGUUGCUAUUUGUCUUGAUUUCUUUGAGCUCAGUUGAUAUGAAUUCACCGUCCUUGCUUUGAUGUUGUCAAAAUAAGUACUGAGCCACAUGUUUUGCUGAUUAUCUCACUCACAGGUAAAAAUGUUUACAGUAAACCAACAUCUAAUCUAAAGUGACAGGGCUGUUCCUCAGUGAGUCAGUGACCCACGGUGUCCGGUGUCCACGGCAAAGUACAGGAGUCCUGGGUGUGUCGGGCUGGAAAAUCUGGUUUGUCCACAAUUCCAGGGAACUGCAUGAGACGGGAGACAGAAACUAUAGGGAAUUUUGUGUAUUCAGCUACCAGCUAACUCCCAGCAGAUGGGAAGAGUGGGAAGAGGACCCAUCUUCAGGGCCGUUCCUGGUCAAAUGGUGGACGUAAGCAACGUUGGGAUAUUAGGCCACUUUCGAAACACCCCUGAUGAGAAGAAGAAUUUAGGCCAAAAAAAGAAUCUAAAAUAAAGAAGAAGAAGUCAAUCACAGGUUAUUAAUAUCUUUUGAAAUUACAUAUAAAAAU